AUGAAGGCAGCUGACGAGCCUGCCUACCUGACCGUUGGUACUGACGUGAGCGCCAAGUACCGAGGGGCCUUCUGCGAGGCCAAGAUCAAGAUCGUCAAGAGGCUGGUCAAGGUCAAGGUGACUCUAAAAGGGGAGAGUACUAGCCAGGUGGUCCACGACGAUCAGGUCAAAGGUCCCCUCAGGGUGGGCUCCACAGUGGAGGUCAAGACAAAUGAAGGAGUGUGCAGUGAGGCCAUCAUCGGCAAGCUGACAGACGCCAGCCUCUACACCGUCGUUUUUGACGACGGAGACGAGAAGACGCUGCGGAGGUCGUCCUUGUGUUUAAAAGGCGAGCGGCACUUUGCGGAAAGCGAGACGUUGGACCAGCUUCCCCUCACCAACCCAGAACACUUUGGCACUCCGGUCAUCGGCAAGAAGUCCAACCGCGGACGGCGUUCCUCGCAGGCCGUGGCGGACGAAGAGAACGAGUCGUCAUCCAGCGAAGAAGACGACGAUGACCGCAGGAGGCCCAACGAUGAUCUCCUGGGGAAAGUCUGUAGCAUCAAGAAGGAGGAGCAGCCUGCCUCCUGUUUUUUGGCACUUGUUGUGUCUCCCAGCUGCAAUGACGAGUUGGUGGUGAAGAAGGAUCAAUGUCUGGUCAGGUCCUUCAGUGACUCAAAGUUUUUUACAGUGGCCAGGAGGAACGUGUAUCCCCUCAACUCCAUCAACAUCAACAAAUCAGAGCUCUCAAACACUCGCGGUUUUGAAGCAGCUCAGGCAUUUGCGCGAAGAAAAGAGGUCCCGGAGAUAUGGAAGAUGGACAUGAGUCAAAUCUUGGACUCGUCCUCCAGCGACGAAGAACGUGAAAACGACAACGAUGAUGUGGAGAAAGAGAGUGAAGAUGAAGACAUGGAUGAGGAGGAGAAGAGGAAAAAGCUCAGCAGAGAGGAGCCGGAGGAGGAGCCAGACCCGGAGGAGCGGGAGUACUUCCUACAGCAGCUCUACAAAUUUAUGGAAGACCGAGGAACGCCCAUUAAUAAGCCUCCGGUGUUGGGCUACAAAGACUUGAAUCUGUUCAAACUCUACCGACUAGUCUACCAACACGGCGGCUGCCGCAAGAUUGAAAGCGGUACAGUGUGGAAGCAGAUUUACAUGGACUUGGGCAUCCCCAUCCUCAACUCGGCAGCAUCGUACAACGUCAAGACUGCCUACAAGAAAUACCUGUUCGGCUUUGAGGAGUACUGCCGCUCCGCCUGCAUCACCUUCAGGACAGUCCACCACAACAACAUGCGCCCUCCUAAAGUACCGGGCAUUCCCAGGAUAGGAAACAUUCCCAGGACCGGCAGGGCCGACUUCACCUUGGCCACCCUGAAGGUGGAGGACAAGGGCGAUGAGUCUGAGAGCGGAAGUGACAAAGAAGAGCUUAAGGACAGACAGAUGUCUCCUCGGGGGAGAAGACGAUGCAGCGCCAAAAUGGAGGUGUCCAAGAUGGAGCCUCCCAACAAGGGAGGAGAUGACAUCAGCGAGGAAUCCAGGGACGUGCGGCGACGCAGCAGCCGACGCCUCGACGGCUCCGACCGGGGCUCCGAGGAGGACGAGGAUGAAGAGGAGGAGGAAGAACAGGAGGAUGAGGAUGACGAAGACGAUGAAGAAGAUGAGGACGACGAGGACGAAGAGAGGGAAAGACGGCUGGGUGUCAGCGAGGACGAGGAGGACAGUGAUGCCGUGACGGGGACAAAAGUGAGGGUCAAGUACGGGAGAGGGAAGACGCAAAAGAUCUACGAGGCGCACAUCAAGAAGACGGACAACGACAAUGGAGAACACUUUUACUUGGUGCAUUACUACGGUUGGAACGUCAGGUAUGACGAAUGGGUCAAGGCCGACCGCAUCAUCUGGCCGGCCGAGAAAGGAACAAGGAAGAGAACCAGGAAGAAGGUGAAGAACAAAGAAGAAGCCGACAAGGAGGAGGAAAAAAUGCCGACGUUGGCGACCACGCCCCCGCUGCCGCAUAAGACCACGGGGGCCAAGCGAGGACGCCCCCAAAUCCGGAGCGCGCCCAGCAACACGCCGCCCGGACGUAAGACGCCAAGCAGCGAGGGCCGGCUCAACGGCAAAAGCGGACGUGCCGAGUUGCCGCACAACAUGGCCAAUGGCGACAACUUGUCACGUGUCCGUAGGACAAGGAGGACAUCAGGGAUGUACGACUCGGACCGCGCCUCAAACGAGGACUCUGGGAACUCCACGGUUGACAGUGAAUCAGAAGAGCCGCCUGACAAGAAGCCAUGGCGAGGGAGGCCUGGAAAUGAGGACUCGAAGGAGGUUGAGCUGAGCCGGGCCUUAGUCGUGGCGGCCUCUCCGUGUCCUGCCACACCACCUCGCCCUAGCGCGGUGCCACAGGCCACCGCCCACGUCACCACCCCUUCCCAAGAGAAGGACCGACCGGCUGAGGAAACUAUCAAAGUAGCAGAUGAGCUCAUCGAUGCGCCUGAAGUGGCUGAAACGGCGUCACCCUCCUUGUCCCCUCGACCCGAUGCUCCACCUGCCCUGUUGGAAGACCCCAAGACACCACCUUUGUCACCGCCAGCGCUUAAAGUUCACAACUGCGAAACGCCGCCUAAACUCUGCGGUCCGGCUAGCGCCACCAGUCCCGAACUGCCUCUUCUCCCUCCUCCCCAUAGUGUUCUGACCAGGCCGGAUAAACCCAUGGUGGUGCUCCACUGCCUCCCCACACCGCGUCCCCGGCCGGAACCCCCUAUGCCACCCGUUACCACCCCGUCGGACACAGACUCCGCCAGCGAGGAGGAGGAGGAAAAACCCGAGCUGAAGCCGUCCUACGAUACGAAGCGGGAAGAGAUGACGCCCACCUCACCAAAGUCCUCGACGAGCCCCUCCGAGGCGGCCCCUGGCGCUUCACCCAAAUCCCUCCCAUCCCCACAACGCGGUGCAGAGGCGGAAAGGAGCGACCGCAAAGCAGCCAGGGCGGACGAAGUGCAAGAGCGAGCGGGCGAAGAGACUGACGAACACACGCCGGAGAGUGCCGGGACGUCGCCCCGUACCCGGGAAGUCCUGGGCCCCGCCCCCGGCGAAGAGCUACCCAUGGGCGCCGAAGCGUUACUCUGCCAUGAGGUCGACCUGGAUGAUCCCGAUGACAAGGACAAGCCCGCCUCUUGCUCGGAGUCCCGCCUCCUCGUGGCGAGGGAGCAGACACCCCCGUUGCCCCGCCGACCCUUCCUACCAGACGAGGUCUCCGGCUGCAACACCUGUCCUGAGGAGCUCCGCCCGGCUGCCCUCGACUCCCAGAUAGAGGAAGUGGUGGUGUGUGGAGCCAGAGAGAAGGAGGACGACACCCACUCCGGUCCGGAUGCGGACGCGCUGCAGGAAGCCCGAGGUCAAAAGCGUCUGGUGGAGUGCAACUCGACAAGCCCCGCCUCCAAAAAACACAAACGCAACCACAAGCGAGCCGGCGGGUCGACGUCCAAGAGCGACAAGAACAGCGCAGGUCACAGCAGCGACAGCGAGGACCAAUCGCGUCUUUCGGCUUUGCCUAAACCCAACAAGUCUCGCUGCCCUUCCGUUACGUCGCCGCACGCCAAAGACAAACAAAACGCCGCCUCACCGCAGCGAGCAUCCAAGUGGACCUUUCAGCUCGACGCUUUGGACAGCAUGUCGAGUAGCGAGAGGAUCUCCUUCCUGCAGGACAAGCUGCAGGAGAUCCGCAAGUACUACAUGAGCCUCAAGUCCGAGGUGGCGUCCAUCGAUAGACGCAGGAAGCGCUUAAAAAAGAAGGAGCGAGAAGUGUCCAACACCACUGCGUCAACGUCUUCGGGCUCGUCGGACGCCGCCAUGAGCCCGUCGUCGGCAUCUCCCGCACAAGGCGGUGUGGCGGUGGAGUGCAGGUGA